AAUACGAUUAAUUACGAGAUUAAUAUAUACGUAUAUUUUAUUGCAUUAUAUAAAUGCGUGGAUGUCUCUGCCACUCAGAUUCCAGUUAUUUGUCCAACCGAUAUUAUAUUUAAUAAUGACGAGAAAGCGUUGAAAAAUAAAAUUGUAGCCAACUUCAAUUACCUGAUACAAUUGCGAGUCAGCUGUUAUAAUAAAGACCGCGCGAUCAUUUAUCUAAAAAUAAAACAAUAAUAAGUAGCUGGCUUAGUAUAUUAUAUAUCAUUCAAAGUAUAAAAACUUUAAUUAACUUUGAUUUAAUAAUGAAUAGGCCUACUGUGUUCUUUAUUAGCGCGCUGAACUGCUGGCACUAGUUAAAUUUAUCUUUCUCUUUUUACAUUGGAAAAAGAAACAUAAACUCUGAACUAGUGCAGCCAGUUCAGUUAUAAAGAACAGGCUCAAUAAUCGCGAUUUUACAUGAUUCUUCGAACCGUCAUCAUUCCAAUACGGAUAUUAAAUUCAAAGAACGAGAAGUGUGAUUGCGUCACGUCCUCGAUAUCUAUCAUCGCUUCCCUCCACCGCCCGCAGCCAAUCAAUGGCGCCGUCUCGAGCCAAUGGCGCGCGGCGUCGUUCAGUCGAGUCUGAACAGUGCGAGGUGUGAGGUGCGGAGCCCGUAACCCGUUGGCUCUCCGCUCUGUUGAGUGAUUUGGAGUGACUCGAGUCACGAGUGUCGACUGUCGAGCGCAGUUGAGCUCGGUCGUUGCGUCGAGUUGGAUGGCGUGCGAUGGCUGGUGAUUCGACGUCGCUGCGUCUGCUGCUAAUUACGCGUCGCGCUCAGCUGGUUUCACCGUCAGUUGGAGAGUGGUGCGACGACGACGACGACGACGACGACGACGACGACGACGACGACGGCGACUUUCCCACGGGAUAGAACGCUCGCUUGUUGACACUUCCACGUCUGAUCAUUCAUCGUUGGCUUCUCAAUCAUCGUACAUCGGAAUUCCGGAGGAUGGAGGCGCGCAAGAGAAAUCAGCACGAGGACACCAGCUCGGCGGGAAAUAGCCUGCAGAAUCGCAUCUGGAGCCACGGCAACGACAGCGAGGAGGAGGAGGUCGCCAGCGAGAACACAUUGCUGAACGAAGUCAGCGAACAGAGGCAAAAUUAUUCUACCCCAACGGAUUGCAAGACUUGCCCAGUCGCAUCAUUUGCAGAGGACAAAAUGCGACGCAAAUUGCGAUUCUUCUUUAUGAAUCCGAUCGAAAAGUGGCAGGCGAAACGGCGUUUCCCCUACAAGUUCGUCGUCCAAGUCAUCAAGAUCAUCCUUGUGACUGUACAACUCUGUUUAUUCGCACAUAACAAUUACAUGCACGUUAAUUAUACUUGGGACAACCGAGUCACGUUCUCCCAUCUCUUUUUAAUGGGAUGGGAUUCUACUCAAGAGGUACCUGCGUAUCCGCCCGCGACGGGACCGUUAGCUAUCUACAAGCGAAGCGAUUUUUACGAUGCCAUCGAUCACUCUCUGCACGGUUAUUACAACGUCGACGACGCCAUCGGCUCGUACUCCUACAUUGCUGAGGACAAUUCGGUCGGACCCGUGACCUUGUGUCUUUACCACUAUAAGGAGGGCAUCAUAUUCGGUUUCAACGAGAGCUACGUGUUUGACAGCGAGAUCGUGGAAACCUGCACGAACAUCAGUCUCGAGACCUUCCACACAUUCAACUCGUCGCACAAUCUUCUACAGGACAGGAACAUUAACGUCAAUUUCUCCGCACUGGUACGCGCCCAUCUGAAAUUUGCUCUGAAAACGGUGAAUUUGAAAGCGGCUGGGCCAAUGACACCACCCGAUUGCUAUCGCUUCAAUAUCAAGAUCAUCUUCGAUAACCGCGAUUUCGACGGGCAAAUGCUGCUCUCGUUGGACGCUGAGGCCAGAAAGUUGCAAUGCAAAGGUGACACCCGUUACAUCACGGACAAUCGCAUCGAGUCGGCGCUGAGGACUUUACUAAAUUUGCUUGUCAUACUGAUCUGUACGAUUUCUCUGCUGUUGUGCUCGCGAGCGAUAUACAGGGCGCAGCUAUUGAAGUUCGAGACUAUUAACUUCUUCAAAAAAACGUACGGCACGACGCUAAGCCUGGAAGGCCGACUAGAAUUCCUGAACCUCUGGUACAUCAUGAUCAUCAUCAAUGAUCUGCUUAUCGUCAUUGGCACCGUCAUAAAGGAGCAAAUCGAACGGAAACAUUCCGAGAGUGAUCACUGGAAUAUUUGCAGCAUAUUCCUCGGAACCGGAAAUCUGCUCGUGUGGUUUGGCGUAUUGCGCUAUCUUGGCUUCUUCAAGACGUACAACGUCGUCAUUCUGACUCUGAAGAAAGCGACACCAAAGGUGGCGAGAUUCUUGAUAUGCGCGGUGCUCAUUUACGCCGGUUUCACAUUCUGCGGCUGGCUGGUGCUUGGUCCAUACAACAUGAAGUUCCGCUCCCUCGCGACCACGUCCGAGUGCCUGUUUGCAUUAAUCAAUGGCGAUGACAUGUUCGCCACGUUCUCCAUCACGUCUUCCAAGUCGGCUGUGUUAUGGUGGUACUCUAGAAUCUAUUUAUACUCAUUCAUCUCGUUGUACAUCUACGUUGUCUUAAGUUUAUUCAUUUCUGUGAUAAUGGACGCGUAUGACACGAUCAAGAUCUAUUACCGCGAAGGUUUCCCGAAGAACGACCUGCAGACGUUUAUAGCUCCAUGCACAGACGAGGCGUCGAGCGGCAUCUUCAGGGACGACUCCGAGAGCAGCAACCUGACGCAGUUGUUUGAUCGAUUUUGUUGCUGUCGAAAAAGGCCCUUUUACGGAUCCUUCUCAGAGUCAGACUCCUCCACGAAAUCCGAGCAAGUAUGCGGCGCAGCCAUCUGCGUCUAGUGCGUUAAUGCAAAACACCUGGAGGUGUUAUGGUGCGACUAUGGAUACGCGAUUUUAAAUCGGUUGCAUCAACAUUAAUUUAAUGAUUUUAAUAUGCAAUUUUUUGCCCCGAUUCGAAUCUAAAUAAAAAUAAAAUUAAUAGGCAAUGACUUUCAUGUCAAUAUUAUCACUCUAUUUGUUUUUUUUUUUUAUUGUAUAAACUAAUCUCUGCAGGAAAUAUUAAGAAAAAUAUAUAAUAAAAUUUUUAAAAGUUUUUUAAAAAUGAGAUGUUUUUGUUAAUGUAGUUUUAAUCCGUCUUAAACAUUAGAAAAAUAGAUUAUCAAAUAACAUUGAGGGAGAAAUUACUUGUAUCUAUUACAUUAAUGUUGAAUGUUGAUGCAAUUAGAUUGAUAAAAUAUUUUCAUGAACAUUUAUAAAUGUUGGUAGCAAAUUUAUUUGACAAUCGCGAUACGUUUGUGCAACGCGAGACAUUUCUGUUACUGCCACCUAAAUUUAAUUUAUAUAAUAUUUUAUGAAAGCGUUUAUUAUAAUAUUGUAAUACGAUUAUAUUAGAUUUCCCUUUUAUUUUAAUUUUUAAUAAAAUAUAAAAUAAUAGGUCGCUACAGAAAAAGCCAUUAGAUAAUUUUCUACCGAAUGCCUCCUAACUGCAGUAGUCCAUUAAUUUCCAACACGUUGGCUAAGCCAUUUUUCCAACAUAUUAAAAAUACAUAAAACAAGUGUUGCAAAGCAUAAACAAACGUGACAAGAAAAGUGUUCAGCGGAACUUUUGAACUGUUAGCAAUUGAUGCAAAAUAAUGCCGAAAAUUUGUGUACAGUAUUUCAUCGAAAAAAAUUCCUUGUACAUUUGCAUGUAUAAUACAAUUAUAUAUUUAUUAUUGUACUUCGUUGAAAACCCACGUAGAAUUUAUGCAGCAUAUAUUGCUUUUGUGAUAGAUAUAAUAUCAACAAAUAAUAUUCUUGAA